UCCAACAUCAGCAAAACCCACCUCUGCUUCGACAACAACUUCUCUGCAUUCUACGAUACCGACGUCGACCACGAAAUCAUCUAACGAAUAUGAACUGACUACAGAGACAAUUCUAGGCGUUGGAUCAACUUCAUACUCAAGAACUCCAUCUGGGUCGUCAAAGUCUUCUAAUGGAAUUGCAACAAGCGAAAUCACGGCAGUGUUAUCUUCAACAUCAACAUCUCCAGGUACUUAUCCAACAUCUGAAGGUCAUUCAAAGACACCAUCACCAAAAUGGUCUUAUUUGUCGAUCAUAAGUGAUAUGGUCCAAGGGGCUCUACCGCCUGACGUCAAGGUUCGCAAUGCCCGCCAAGUUUCACAAGAGUGGCCUUUGACGACGAUGAACUCGUUGCCUGCUCAGGCUCCGAUGGCAACGAUUUCUACCACUCCACCGCCUGGUCUCACGGUCUUGACCAAGGAUGGUGACGCAUAUGAAACCCCAUUGGCUGACGUCGACAUUCGAGUGAUAAGGUUGACCAUACGAGAUGGGUCCGUGGCAAUCGCCAACUCAUCGACCGACGCGAAUGGUACCCUGUGGUUUGACAUUCACGCAGCCGAGCAUUUCAUCAUAGUCGCAUCCAAGAAAGGAUACUUGGAUACGUCAUCAACCUAUCGUUACAAACACGGGGAGAGGAAUGUCCAUACCAUUUCGAUGCAGAAGCAUUCCAUGAGGAAGGAGUUUACUUGGACGUCAGGGCUUGAUCGUCUUGUGGAGUUCAGACCAAGAUUCAAAGGCGUUCCAUACAGUUUUGAGAUCCCAGCAGGCAGUCUUGAUGCGCCAGAGCAGACCAAUAUUGUUUUAAAGUUCCAUGAUGUCAACACGAAUGACCCGGUUGAGAUGAGAAAGGCCCCUGAGCUCAUCGCAGCAGUUGACACACCGGAAGGAACCACUUUGAUAAGCCUCGCAAUCUUUGCUAUGGCUGACCUAACGAUCGUCAAUAUGGACACAGACGAACCGGUCGAUCUCAUGUUGCCUGUUGAGGCCGAGUUCCCUCUCAGUCGGAAACCUAGGGGUACUCGCCAGGGAAGUCGCAUUUCGGCCUGGUGCUUUGAUAAAACCACAGGUGUCUGGAGGAAAGGAGGCGUCGGUAAAGUGAGGCUUGAUCGAUUUCAAGAACCGAUGUGGAGCUUUGAAGCAAGACAUUUCACCUGGUGGAGUGCCAUGCAACCUUGGGCAGGGACCUCCUGCGUCAUUGUCAAGACCUGCUUCGACAAGAAGUGCCAACGUGUCGCCAGCUUCAUCCCCGUCGAAUUUGAUGGCGUCGACUUCUCCUAUUCAUCCUCGGCCGUGUCGAGCGGGGAGGGACGAGCUUGCGCCCAGUUCAAAAUGGGUGGCAACGUCAUGGUUUCGUCACCCUUCUCAGGUGAUCCCAAGCUCGUAGAAGGCAAUCCCAUAAGUGGUUAUUCGUGCCCGCCCGAGUACGAUACCUUGGUGCUCAGUCCGCCGGGUCAGGCCCAGACGGGACGAUGUGAAGAGGUCGUCGUAGUGGUAAGAGAUCCAUCAGAAACAACGGAACCACCUCGAAGGACAGUGCCGAGGACUACCGCAGAGCCAGAGAUGACCACAACAACAGAACCGGCAACAACCAUCCCGAUGACCACCCCCACGACUCUUCCACCGACUCCCCCUCCUAGUGGUCUUCAGGUGCUUGCCAUGGACAGUUCGGCCCAACAGGCUCUGCUUUCUGAUGUCCAGAUCCGGAUUAUCAGACCAACAAUCAGGAUUUUAACUGCGAAAACAACUGCGAUGUCGCCGAUGACCACUUCCCCCAUGACGAACUCGUCGAUUACCACUUCUGAUGUGAUGACGAAUUCAUCGAUGACAACUUUAUCGACCGUGAAUUCGUCAUUGACGAACUCAUCAACUGUGAAUGACUCGUUGAUCACGGCUUCGACCACCGCAGAUGGCAUUGCAUUGCUGGAUGUUCCCGAAGACGAGCCCGUGAUCGUCGUUGCAACCAAGGAGGGUUAUAUAUCGACAUCAUUCACCUACUCUUUCCAACCAGGAGUGAAAAACGUCCUACCAAUCUCGAUACAAAAGCACCCGUUUACCGAGCAGUUUGUCUGGAUGGCUGACGAAGAUCAACGUGUAGAAUUUACAACUCCCGAUCACCAAAUUCCUUACGGGCUUGAAUUUCCAGCUGGGAGUCUAAACAUCACGGAUGGGAGCGCUGUUGAUGUCCUAUUCUUCGGUGUACACACCACGACUCCAGCCGAAUUGAAAGAAGUACCCGAGUUGAUUGGCUCAGUCGAAUCAUCCGAAGGAACUAAAUUGAUUGGAUUAGAGGCCCUUACGAUGGCCGAAGUGACAAUGGUAAACUCCGAAACCAACGAUCUCGUCGACAUCGUACUGCCUUUUGAGGUCGAGUUCCCUCUGGAUCGGAAGCCUCGCGGAGUGCGUCAUGGAUCUCAUAUUCCAGCUUGGUAUUUCGAUAAAACGACAGGAACGUGGAAAGAAGAUGGCAUCGGCAAGGUGAAACGGAACAAGGCGGGAGAGUUGUUCUGGAGUUUUCAAGCCAGUCAUUUCACAUGGUGGAGUGCCAUGCAGCCCUGGCCAGAAACGUCGUGUAUUAUCAUCAAGUCGUGCUAUGAAAAGAACUGCAAGCGAGCCGCCAGUUUCGUCCCUGUCGAGGUGCAUGGUGUCGAUUUUUCCUUCGUCUCAACCAGCGUGACCAGCAAGGAGGGGCAAACCUGCACCCAUUUUAAGAUGGGCGGCCAGGUCAGGGUGUCAUCACCUUGCUCCAAGAAACCCAAGUUCAGGACUGGUGAGCUCGGAGGUACAACGUACUGUCCGGAAAACACCCAGGUACUGAGACCACAAGACAAGACCGAGACGGGUCAAUGUGAACAGGUGGUCAUCGUGGUCAAAGGUAAGUGUCCAGACUGGAUAUUCCGUCUAUGCCGGUAG